AUAUUAAUCACCAAUCAAAAACAAAACAAAUAAAAUAAGCCGAUUUCAAAAUGAAUCCUCUAACGAAUAUGAAAAAUGUGCUUAAAUUAAGCGAACAUGAACUGCAACAUGGAGGAAAGAAAAGCUGGCAUGAUAUGUACAAGGAUUCGGCCUGGAUUUUCGUGGGAGGAUUUCCGUAUAACCUUUCCGAGGGCGACUUGAUCUGCGUGUUUUCCCAGUACGGCGAAGUGGUCAACAUCAAUCUGAUUCGGGACUCAAAAACAGGAAAGUCCAAGGGCUUCUGUUUCCUGUGCUACGAGGACCAGAGGUCCACAGUGCUGGCCGUCGACAAUCUCAACGGAAUCAAGAUCAUGGAUAGAACACUAAGGGUCGAUCAUGUGGCGGACUAUAAGCCUCCUAAGGAAAACGAGAAGAUGGACGAGGAGACCCUACGACUUUAUAUGGAAGGCUGUGCACCAAAACCCCAAAUUCAACACAUCAAAACUGAGAAAUCAAAAGACUCGAAAAAGUAUAGAUGAUAAAUACCUGAAAUACUUUCAAUAUAGACUAUAAUUUUUAAAACAAAAUGCUUUUCACUGUAUUAUUGAUAAAUUAUUGUUCUUAGACUUAA